UCUGGUGUUUAAAUAAAGUUACAUAUAUAUUACAUAAUACCUAUUUGAUCAUAAAAAUGAUCCCACUAAAAAUCACCACCUUGCUUAUAAUUCUAACAGCUAGCUGGUUCGACCUACUAUGGACAGCCACAAUACCGGCCCCACAAAAACCUGAACAGAUUAACACCCGGUUCCUACUAUUUACGCGUAAUGUACCAAAGGUGGAGCAGGUGAUCACCCUGGGCGAUCGGGAUGGCAUCAAACUUUCAGAUUUUGACGCUGGUAAGCCUACCAAAUUUAUUAUCCAUGGCUACGCCACUAAUUUGCAGCAAGGACCCUGGAUGUUGCGUUUAAAGGACCUGUGGUUAGAUGCGGGCGAUUAUAAUGUAUUUAUUGUGGACUGGAGUGGUGGUGCUAAUGGACAGUACGAACAGGCAAUAGCAAAUACACGUGUUGUUGGAAAUCUAACUGCCAGGAUGAUUAACGACUUAAAGUCAGUGUCGGGACUCGGCUUAUCUAAAGUGCAUUUAUUGGGCCAUUCAUUAGGCGCCCACAUCUCAGGCUUUGCGGGACAGGCACUGAAUGGACUGGUGGGUCGUAUCACGGGAUUGGACCCGGCGGGCCCUCAGUUCGACGGCUUAAGUGCCAAGGAUAGGCUCGAUCACACUGAUGGACAAUUUGUGGACGUAAUUCAUUCGGAUGCUACCAAAAAUGGGGGUUUGGGAACACUGGAGAAUUCGGGACAUUUGGACUUUUUCCCUAAUGGCGGUCACGAUCAACCAGGGUGCCUUUUGGGUAGACUACCUAACAUACUCACACAUGGUUUAUCCGGCUUAACCGCGUGCAACCAUUUAAGGGCCAUUGAUUUUUACAUGGCUACUAUUAGUGGCACUAAUCCCAGGGGCGUGGGCUACCUUUGCUCGGACUACGACACCUACCGGCGCGGUGGGUGUCCCGCCAAUUGUGCCGCGAAUGCCGCCAAUUGUGCGACGAUUGGAGAGGAGGCCAUACAGUGGAAGCCCUUAGAGAACCAAACACUCGGUCGCCGAUACUUUUUGACUACCAGUGCUCUGUAUCCGUAUUUUUAAAAUGUUACAUCGGAAGUAAAUUACAUUUAAUGUAAAGUGUUAUAAUUCAAAAAGUAAAUUAUUUUAAUGAUAUAUUAAUUGACUUAUUUUGAAAUCAAGAAAA